AUGGCUGGCAGAGGAAAGCAAACAGCAGAAACCACUGAGAGCAGGCCGGGCACAAAGUUCAUUGAUCCACGUGAAGCUCCUCUCAAACUAAAGCCGGUGCACCUGAUACAGGCAAAUAUCGAAGGGCCGAACAAGCGAGACAUCCACAUCUUCAUAGAGAAGGCGACGGGAACUAUGGUUGGCGGCGUGAUCUUCAGCACGUUGACGGAGGAGGAGUGGCAAGAAUCAAUGAAGCACCACACUCUCAUAUCUCGAUAUCCCGGUCUACAACGCGGCACAUCGUUUCUGGAGUUUGCAUUUGGGAAGAUGAUUCCAGUCGGUUUUCGUGUUCCAAUGGGAGCCCACCCAGGGGAGGAUUAUGUGCCGUAUAAGAUCUUGAUCAAGGCCGCAGAGAGGAGCAAAGAGCUGCAAGACAACGAAGAUAUCCGCCUUAUGUUCGGGCAUGCGAAGGACACCGAGCGACUACUCAACACUGUUAGACGCUAUCUUCUGGGGAUUGUCAAGGAAAUUCGAAAGGUUUCAGACGAGCACGGUUUGAAGGACAUGGGGAGCUGCGGUGUUAGCAGCUACUACUGCACAAACUACAUGUCGCCACAGCAUGGAGAUGGUGAUAUUGGCUGGUCCAUCUGUUCACAGCUCUUCAAGAACCUUAAAGCCACUGGUGGCUCCGAGACUGAUGACUUCAACUUCGCAUUCACCAAGUGGGGCUUGUAUGUAGAGACACAAAGGAACUGUGUCUGGUAA